CUCCCCACGCGCUUUCGCCAUCCGGCGCCCCCGUUGCCGCACUUACUUUUAUCCUACCUACUCCCUUCUUUUCUUCUCAUUCCCAUCGCUCCGAUCCUUCUUCUAGUUUUUCUCUUCUUCCUUUUCCAGAUUCACUCUUCUUUUUGCCGAUUAGGGAUUUUUAUAUAUGGGUGAUUUGACGGAAUCGUCGACUCCUCAGCCGCCGCCUUCACGCCAAGUUCCCUUCCGUGAGGACUGUUGGACGGAGGAGGCUACAUCCACCCUUGUCGACGCUUGGGGUCGCCGUUACUUGGAGCUCAACCGUGGCAAUCUCCGUCAAAAGGAUUGGCAGGAGGUGGCCGACGCCGUUAACGCACGCCACGGUCAUACCAAGAAGACUCGUCGCACAGAUGUUCAGUGCAAGAACCGGAUCGAUACUCUCAAGAAAAAGUACAAGAUCGAGAAGGCCAAGAUCUCCGAGUCUAACGGAACCCUAACGUCGUCGUGGCCGUUCUUCUCCCGUUUAGAGCUUUUGAUUGGAUCUAAUCUCAACAAAAACCAGAGUAAGCUCACGCCCUCCGCGGCGACGCCGUUGGCGUCGUCUCAGUCUACCCCACCGUUGUACCUGCCUGCACCGCCGAUGGCCGUGCCUUUGCCCUACCGUAAGCCGCUGACGUCCGCAAUGGUUACGCCGGUGAUUUUGCCUCAGAAGCGUCCCUUGCCGUCGCCGGCUAUGGACGAGUCUUACUUCAGGAGAAAUUAUUCGGCGAUGGCGGCCGCGGCUGCAGCGGCUGAGGAUGAAGUGGAUGCAGACGAAGACGAUGGAGAAUCUGAGGGGGAGGAAGCAGAGGGGAGCGACGAUAGGGCUGUGGAGGAGGAAGAGGAUGGGGAGGAGGGGAUGAGGAGAUUGGCCAAGGCGAUAGAGAGGUUCGGAGAGAUAUAUGAGAAGGUGGAGAGUAUGAAACAGAGGCAGAUGGUGGAGUUGGAAAAGCAGAGGAUGCAGUUUGCAAAAGACUUAGAGGUUCAGAGGAUGCGGUUGUUUAUGGAUACUCAAGUCCAGCUAGAGAAGAUCAAGCAAGCCAAACGAUCUGGAUCUCCUGAUGAUAUUUAUAGCUAACAUGGAGGAGGAGAACUUGAGAGCAUCAUUUUGUCAGAGUUGGGGCGCAUGAACCGAUUCUCCUUCUUUUUCUUAUAUUUGUUCCUGUUCAUAUUACCUGAAAGAGCAAGGGAUGGGCAAAUUUGACAGCAGAGGAUGAUUCAUGUCUUGUGAACUAUCAAUUAGAGUAGCGGGUUCCAUCUUUUGAUCUCUGCAUUAUGCCAAACUAACAUCCAUGUUUGGCCCGGUUAGAGUUAUUUAUCAUUAAUGCUUUUCCAAAAGAAAGACAUUGGUUAGAACAAGUUCAUUUUGUUCAAAGCCUUUACGGAAGUGUAGCUUUUGAUGUUUUUCGCUGCUUAAUUUAUUUCAGUUUGUGGUUGUAUAGGUUUUCCACCCUGGGAAGGAAUGAUAACUGUAGCUGCCAUUAAGUUGAAUAAUAGCAAAUGUCAAAAAUUUGGUCUGUUCUGUUUAUAUCCAUCAUCUCUUAUAUUCUA